GCGUCAGCGACCGGCCGCCGAUCAGUCGAAGGGGUGUACUUGCUUGCUAUUUCGGUUAGGACGAGUUUGCGCGUCGCGUAAGCGCACACACACACACACAGCUCCGGUGAAAGCUCCGAUCCGGUUGUCCGAUAAUUACGAUUGUCGUCCAAUCUGGUAUUCCCCGUGGCCGCUCUUGUCGCGUGUCCAACAGUCCUGUCUGUUGUUCGCCGCCGACAUCCCUUCCCCGAGGAGGAUCGCGCUGCCGUCCGGCGUAACCGACGAGAGAACCGUAUCCAUUGUGCGUCCACCGCUGGACGUUCUCACGAGAUCAUGGAGGUCCUACCGUGUCCCGUCAAUGUGGACUUCAGCAACACUAGAGCUGGAAGCGAGACGGACGAAUUGGAUGGUGCCUGUCAGGCGCUGGCGAAGAGGCUGGAGGUCGAGCUCAGGAGGGCCAAACACGCUCAGCUGGCUUGCGGCGAGGUCCUCCUACCUGCCGAUUUGCUGCCCAAGAUAGCCAAAGACGUACUUACGAUGGCGGAGAACGAGCCCUGUGGCUUACGAGGCUGCACGUUGUUCAUCAGCUUCGAGACGGACAGCAUGUGCCGCAAACUGUCGAGAAUACAGUGCGAUCCCAGUACUGUGUCGACAUUUGAGCUUUAUCUCACGCUGAAACAGGACCACACGUCCUGGCACAUGCUGCUGCCUCAGUUCUUAAAAAAUCUCACGCGUGGUGGCACCAUCAUGAUCAGUAGGGACUUCACCUUGCAGAAGAAGAAACUCUAUAGGUCUUUCCAGCAAUCUCAUUGAGAGGCUUCGCGAUCCGUACACCGGAGUUUUGCACGUUUAACGAUCACUCGUUUUGCCUAAACGGGUGCGGCCAUUUUUGUCAGUCUGCCGCCCUGUGGGCGUCAGCCAAAUUUAUACAAUAUCGGAAGACCAGGAAGGAAAAAAAAACUAAGAUGGCUGAAGCAGCAAUGCGGACCUGAGGUUAGAUUUCGUCGUAACAGCACGCUGUAACAUUCGCGUACCAUGGUCGCAAUCGCGCGAGAUGUUGCGUUUAACCCUUUAACUUGUAAAUUACAUUUGGAUUUUCUAUAUGAAUGACAUUUCACUUGUGAGAGAGAUCGUAGAAACCUUUUGAACGAAGAUACUCGCACGCACGAGUGCGGGAAUAAGAAGAAUUGUUCUGUGUGUUUAGAAUUUAUUCGUUGGAUAUGUGAAGAAGUGAAGUAGUUCGUAGAAAUGCUGCUUUAUGAUGUAAAAUAGUUGCAGUUUUGAAUGCAACAGUUUUACAAAGUUAAAUCUUGUGUCGAAGGUCUAGUAGUGCAUGGAUUUAAAAAUUGAAAAAUCUAGGCGUCCACUCAGAUCUAAUAGUUUAACAAAUUCGGAUUCGAGGAACUAAAAAAAAAAUCCAGUUACUCUAUAGAUCCGCUAGAUUAAAGAAUUCAAUUUCCAGCUGAAUUAUAAUUAAAAAACAUUAAACGAUUAGAUGUGAGGGACACUGGAAUUAAAAAAAAAAAACUUUGUAAGGCUAGUUUGUAAGAUACGUAGAAUUUGGAGAUCGUUGGAGCUGAAGAUCGUAGAAUUUAAGGCUUCCAAAAUCUAGGGAUCUAGAUUUGGAGUUAUAAGUAUUGUAACGGUAAGGAUGUAUCUAACGUUCUCAAGGUUGAAACGGCAAAUCGGUUAAAGGGUUAACGAUAACAAAAUCGCUCUUUGUUUUGUCUGCUGUCACCAUGCAAUACUGUAUUCAAGGAGAGAGGCCUAUUACGCGUUCGAUAAUUGUGAUAGCGCGAGACAAGUUCUAGUAGUAGCAGAUCUUAUAUCGCGAGGAGUGGCUCUCGCGUCUUCGUUCUUGAAGAAGAUAUGUGAUUAUAAGACUUAUAACAAAUUUCACGUGAUACGUAGCGAAUAUAAUUAGUUUUUAGAGAACGCGUUUUAUUGAUUAAUCGUAGUCAGGUAGCUAUUAAUCGCGUCGGAUGUUUAGUGACGAUCUUUCGAAACUCGUGUGUCUCUCACACGUGGACGAGCACACAUCGUCCAUUUUUCAUUGUGAAAUGCGAAAUAAUCAUGUUGAAAUAAUGUGGCAGCAUAUUUCCCAAAUAGGAACCUUUUGUGAAAAUCUUGUAGGAUAACCCUAGAGAAAUAGGUACCGAUGAGUCUCAUUUGGUUUUGAUUAUUCGAGUCACUGUUGAUAUUAAUAUCCAGAAUAAUUCGAGUAUAUAAUCAAAUAAUCGAAUUAUCUUACAUUGAGAAGUGUAAAAAUUUAAACAAUUCACAUUUUCCACUUAAUUUUCACAUUUUCUGUCGAAUUUCUGUAAAAGUUUUUUUUUUCCUUAAAAAAAUUCAACGAAAUUAAUUUUAGCCAGGAUGUAAUUUCUCACGGUGCACAUAUUUCUGGGACAUCCUGUAUGUGUCCUGUUGGUAGAUGGUACAGAUGUUCAGCCCAUACCGUCAUUCCAUCGAUCGAUCUUUUCUCCCUCGUCAUUUUCUCCCUUCAUAACAGUCGCUAUGUGUGAAAAAAUCUCAUUAAAUUAUAAUAACAUCUUCUCUCGAUGUCGUGAAUCUGAUAAUCAUUUCCAUGAUAUCACUUAUAAAUAUAUUAAAUGCUCACGCGUGAUUAUUACCGAUUAAUUCGACUUAACAGUAACUUAUUUAAGCCAUCGAGUCGUUUGUCGACACAGAGCAAUGUGCUUUCGCCUUUUGCAUUGUUAAUGCGUGACGUUUUGUUUCAGUUGGAUUUCAUUAUUUCGUGUUUCGAGAUUUUUUUGGUUCUGCGAGUUAUUAUGAUGAAUGUUCUUCGAUCAAUUCUGUUCAGAGUUCUUGUAAAAUUCGUCAUUUUUUAUUCGUUUAAAGUUCGCGGGCUUAAGAAGAUCCUUUAACGAGGCAAAGUGAAGCGAUGCAAUUUCCAACACCUCAGAAUGCCUUAGACUUAAGAGACGAGAAACCAUCUUAUCGUCUAAUAGAUGCAAAAAGUAAAUUUGUGUGCAAGCUAAUAACGUAAAUGUAUGUAUAUCCACUAGACUAGAUAGUUGAACUGUAUCUCUCGGUAAUCUGAGGGACGAUCCAUCUUGAAACUGUAUCGCUUUAACUCUAUGUAGCUUCAAACGGAUUUUCACAGAGAAACAAUGAUGAGAUGAGCUCAUGUUCGCCGUUUAAUGUUGAAAGGGACGAAGGUUUAGAGAGAGGAUUAACGUUCUGCCAUUAAAUUAUUGUUCACAAUCUUCGCUUCAAUUUUGUCAUGUUAUUAUUAUUAUUCAUUGACUACCGUACGUACUACCACUUGCGUUGUGGUUAAUACCUGUUCGCGUUUUUUGUGUCUAUAUAUUUUUUUUAUUUCUUUACCUCUUUUUCUCAUUUUGGUGUUUUUUUUUUAUUACUUUGCUUCGGUUGCUUUUCGUUGUAGCGCGAUUAAAGACCUUAGUAGCGGUAUUGUGAUAUUAAGAAUUACAAAGUGGAGUUAAGAGAAAGCAAGUGUGUGAUUAUCGUUAGGAUUUAGAUUAAAGACGCUCGCGUAAAGGUUUCUUCGCGGAGUCGAGAGAAACGUGUUGCGUAGGGAUACAAGCCCUUUCGUUUUACCUUCGCGCAAGAGAAAGAGAGAGAGAAAGAAAGAGAAAAAAUACAUUGAAAUCGAAAACCUCUUCGUGGUUUACUUACAAAGGAUGGCGACGCUUUAACCGGUGAAUCGAAUAUUUAUGCCAGAAAGUGAGGUUUCCUUUUACGAACUGGAUUACAACUGGAUGCGUUCCGCGACGAGACUCAAUGGAAUUAGAUUGAACUCGUUUUUUUUGUGUGAUAAAACUGGAACUGUCUCUUUCAAAGUCGGCGAAGUAAAAAAAAUCGAUGCUGUUGCAAUGAAAUUCACUGUUUAAGAGAGAAAUUGUAUGGAAAGAUUUAUUUGUAUAUAUUUUAUUUUAUACGUUAAAAUAAAUUAUAAUUUUUAUUAAAAAAGGAAUCUAAUGUUUUUCAUAUGUUCUGACAUAUCUGUUUUAAAACUUGUUUCUCGUAAUUUCGUAAACACUGUGUGCAUAUUUAAUUAAUACUUUUUUUACAGCAAAGGAUCUGGAUUACACACAUGUACAUAUAUAUCAUAAAAAUUUUCUAAUAUAUAUUUAUAUAUUUAUAUGUUAAAAAUUUUCUAAUAUAUAUUUAUAUAUUUAUAUGUUAAAAAUUAUGAGACAAAAGAUCUUUAUAAAUUCUUAGGAUCCACAUUAUUUAAUUGAAAAAUAUAUACUUUUGUGGAUGAUUAUUAAGAAUAUAAUGUAUAUAAUUGAUACUUCAAAAUUAAUCAUAAAACGAAUCCAAUUUGUCUCGUAAAGAAAUAUGAUUCAAAUUUAUUAAGUUCAUACUAAGAAACCAAGCUUUUUUUUUGUUAUUUUUGUGUGUCACAGAAAAGAGACGUAAAGUAUCGGCACUUUGGAAUAAGGAGUGAAUUUAUGGCGACGAGUUCACAAAACUUGUUUCUUGAUAAUUCUAAAUGGAAGUGAACCGGUUAAAGCUUUAAGGGGGAAGAGACACAAUCCCGUCCAGAACACUUUCCCACCAUCCUCCUGAGUCGAGCAUCUACAUCCCCUUACUCCGUACGAGGACGAAAAAGAAAAAAGAAAAGUAACUAAAAGGUCACGUAAGAAAGGGGGACAGCCACGUGUAGAGUUAACCGCGCAUUGUAAAUUGGGCUAUCGCAUUUGCACGAAAGUGUAAGACUGAUUUGCUGAUGUAACAAACGAAAGACAAAGACGUCGGCUCGUCUCAAGCCAGCUGGCACUUCACAUUACAGUAUGAUUGUAAAUUCAUUGCCUGAGAAAGCGCUACAUUUGAAAAAAAAAAGAUUAUCUCGCAGAAUAUCUAUCUUCGAUAAACUGAUUACUAAAGAGAAAGGAAGCGACGCGUAUAAAUUAUCUUAGAAAAGAAAAUUUAAAAAAAAAAGGAUUUUUUUCCGGGGAAUGACAUUUGGCUCAUACUGUCAUCAAUAUGUAUUAUUGUAAUCAGCAGUUAUUUUUGUUAAUAACAAACGCUACAAACGAUGUCGCAAGUCGAAAUCGCCGCAUUGCACAGCGAUAGAAAGCAAUACUCGCGGCCUCGUUUAAUCGUUAUUAAUUAGGAAUGUAUGGGUAAGUUACGAGCGGCUACAUGUUUUACACCCGAAGGAUUAAUCCUAUACAGUAUAACACUUUUUUUUUACAUGGAAAUGUGAAUGUGUCUGCGUACAUUAUAUUAUCAAAUACGAUAUAAUUUAUAUUGCAAAUACCGUAUAUAUAAUAUAUAUACAUAUAUAACGAUAUAUUUUAUAACAAAUUCGAAGUUACUAUACGAAAUAAAGGAGUCAAGUGUGAGAGCUAUUAAAAGAAAAAGCUGAAAACCACGAAAACUGUCUUUGUGAUCAUUUUAUUUAUAUUCAAUUUUAUAAUGGUAUGUGCGUAUGUAAUCCUCAGCCAGUAAAAUUUCCAAACCUAUUGAUGAAGCGUCCGUUUAUACUGUCGAGGGUUAAACGUAUAUGGAUGGAACUAUUUAUAUGUAUAUGUGCUUUUUAAAAUACGGUGAUAAACACAAUAAUGUCGAAUGUGAGAACGGCAAUGAUCGGUCGUUAAUCACGUUUUUACAGUGUGUGAGAAUUUUAUUGAAACCGUUAUAAAAGUUUAUCUCGUUUUUCGUAUAGAGUAAGAGAGAAAGUGAGAGAGAGAAAACAGUACAAGUUUUUUCCUGAAAAAAAGAAUUAAAUAAUAAUAUUACGAAACAUAUAUAUAAACAUAUAUCAUAUGUGUAAGAUAGAUUAAUAUCUAACGACGUUCUCUCGACGCGUAUCCCUGGUGGUGGUUCUGCGCGGAACACGUAAAAGAGAAUUGGAUGAAGUCCAAAUGAUAACAAAAAUUCAAUUACCGAUAAGUUACGGUGGAGUUUUUUUCAUUUUUUAAUCGCUCUCUUUAAUCGUCUCGUCGUUCUCGCUUGUGUGACGAGAGCGAUUAAAAAAUGAAAAAAAAAAGAAGACGCGUCCCAUUGAUUGUCUCCAUUAUUUAUCGUUUGUAGCGAUUGUUUCUCGACAAAGCGAACGUUAGCAGGAUCGAUCUGCAAAACGACGUACGUAACGCGUGCGGAUGUUGCAAAUUGCGUUGCACACCUCCCAUUUACGAAGUAAUUGUUUUUACGGGCUGUCAAGGAAACAUUUUCUGAUCUCAUGAACGGGCGGAGGCUUUUCCACCCUGUGACAGGCGAGAUACGUGAACGAGAGGAGGGAUUGCCCAGAAAUAUUCUCGAAAUAUUUAUAUGUUUGUGAGUGUGCGUAAUAGCGUUGCGAUGAUGAUCGAGUAAAAUUUAACCCUAAAUGGUAUAAAACAUACGCGAAAGGCUUCUGCACGAGAGAGCCUCUGGAUUCGUUUCAAAUUGUCUGUUUGAAAUCCGUAAAGAUUGCAAACGGUUUUUCAAAAAUUUUCAAGAAUUUAUGCAAGAUACAAUACAAAUACAGAGUUAAUAGUUCUUUUCUCGAUUUUUUUCGUGUUUCAGACAUAGAAAAGAAUAUUUUUGUUUUUAUACUGUUCAGGGUUAAACGUUAAGUUACUGCGAGGACAGGGAUUGAUGAAGUGCGCUCUUCACGGCGAAAGGGUGGAAACGAGAAUGACAAUUUCUCCUAUCGCAAGGGUAGAGAGGAAGAGAAAGAGUGAGAGAGGACAGAUAAUAUUCGUAACGUCGCACAGCAACGAUUUGCGCGACGUUCGCUGUGCUUUGGAUAUUUUUGUACCUUGUGCGCGAUAUGAAAGUCCGAUUACGUAGUUUUCGCGAUAGUUUGCUCGCGAUUAACGCGGCGGCUUCUCAAUAUGUUAGUGAUCCUUUGCGAACGCAUUUUCCCGUAUUAAGAAAUGCUAUGUGAUGUUAUUUCUAAUUUGUAAUAUCUACAAUUUAUGCUGCGUUGGAGAAACGCAAAUAACAGAAAGAGAUAUAUCAGAGA